UGGGAGGUUUUUAGCCGACCUGUAACCCGGAAAUGAUUUAUGUAAACACUGUGUGCACUUGGAGGUGAGAGUGUCCCAGCCGAUGUGACAUAAAAAUGUCUAAAAAUAAGAGAAUAGCUUUAGUAUUUGGAGGUUUUGUCACGGCUGUUGCUGCUGCGUUUUACCCCAUAUUUUUCCACCCUCUGGCGCACAGAGAUCAAUACAGACAAGUCCAGAAGAUGAACCGGUCAGACGUCAACCAGGCAGACAUUCAACCUGUGGGUGUGAAGAUAUGGUCGGAUCCGUUCAAGCCUGCAGGGAAAUGACGACCAGAGAAUCCACUAAAUCUACUGAGGGAUGCUGCUGAGGGACACUGAAGCAAGAAUACCUUUUGAUGAGUGCUUGGUGUGUGCGUGAGUGAAUGCUUGAAUGUGUUUUGUUUUUGUGAAAUUACCCUUUGAAAAGACAUCAAAAUAAAGUAAAAAGCUCUUAUAACUCAAAAAA